AUGAACAGUGUCAUCCACAACAACCCGCUGGCCGCUCCGCACCUUCUUGUCAACAACUUCUCCCCUCGCUCCGCAGAUUCUUUCAGCCCUCCUCAAAGCAUGUCAGGCCGCAAGAGGAAGGCUUCUGAGGAGCCAGACAAUGACCGCAUGUCCACAUCACCAUCUGCUUCACCAUCCGUCCCGAACCGCGCACUUCCUUCGUCGAGUACACACCGCAGCAUCAAGAGGACCCGCACAGGCAACGCAGUGGGUAGGCCACUUCCGCUGCCACGCCUGCUCCAAACCCUCUCUGGCGACGAGCUACGGCAACUUCUCCAGAACAUCUGCGACCAGCAUCCGGAGCUCCAGCGGGAGCUCAUCACCAAAGCACCCCGCCCCUCCAUCGAAUCCACCCUCUCCGUCCUCAGCACAUACGAAGACGACUUCCGAAAAGCCUUCCCACUCGGCAACCGCCCCACCUCCGACUACACCUACAACAGAGUCCGGCAGCAUCUGUCAGCGCUCAUCGAAGCUCUCAAAGACUUCACACCACACUUUCUCCCACCUCAAGAAACGCAAACCGCUCUCUCCUUCAACUAUCUCGAUGGCGUUACGAACAUGAUCCACCGCCUGCCAGACUGGGAUACAUUCCAGCACCAGAGACACAAGAACGAUGCCUACGACGAGCUGUCAAAAGCAUGGGCUCUGGUGAUCAGAGAGGCGGCGAAGCGUGCUGGCGGGUUCCAUCUGCAGCUGGGUGGCUGGGAUCAGAAAUUGCUGGAGCACAAUCAAAGAAGUGGUGGCAAGCUGGAGGAAGCUGUGGGCGAGCUGAACACCGGAAUGGGCUUCAUGCAGACUGGACAAGCAUCUAUGCCGGGCGUGUCGGAUGAGAGGAUGAGCAUCCGGCAGCAGUUGUUUUCUGGGAGUUACGGACAGCAACUCGGCGUCGGUCCGGGGAGGUUCUAA